AUGCCUGAUAUAGACAAGAGGGAUUUCGAAGAGAGAUACAAUGCCUGUUUCACGGAUUUUGGACUUAAGAUAGUGGCGGGCAUGCUGAUCGGCAGCAUGCUGGGCGGUUUCUUCAUGCAUGGCUACAGACGCUGGCCGACGUGCAUCGGCGCCGGGCUGGGGCUCGGCAUGGCGUACAGCAACUGCGAGAACAGCCUCAACAGCUUCCUGCUAUCUAUGGACCCUAAGAUAUGUCUCAUAAAAAGACAACCCUGAUGCGGUAAGCCUA